AUGCUAUUGUCAUCAUAUAUAUCUACAUUUUUAGGGUUGAGAUAUUUCCAUGUGUAUUCAAGAAUUCAAGGCUCACAGAUUAAGGAAAAAUUAUCAUAUUUGGAAAAGUAUAAUGGCAUUUUAAACAAAUCUUCUAAUGAAUUAAAAAGAUUAAAUGUCAAAAAGCAAAUUAAAUUAAAAAGAUUGCAUAAAAGGGCCUAUCCUAAAUAUCAAGCAUUAGAUGUAAUUAGGAAGAAAUACCCAGAAUUUCAAGAUUCAUCUCAUAACAAUAAGAUAAAUAUUGGCCCUACUACAAAUAAUGAUCUUCAAAUAUUGUCUCGUACUAAAGACAAAAGAUUAAUAUACUCGAUCUUAGGUAUAACAGGUGAACAAUUAAGAGAUUCCAAAUUAAUUGUUAUAGAUGUAAAUAAAUUUCUUGAAAGGGGUCAACUAGAAAAAGCUUUAUAUUUAGUCAAACUAGCAAAGGGGAAAAGUGGGAGUGGAAUGGAUUCUAUAAUAAAAUAUUAUUUGUACAAAUUACAAUCACCUAAACAAGCUCUUUCCUUAUACCUUUGGAGAAAAAAAAAUAAAAUACCUUCCACGAAGUAUUCUUACACAAUAUUUUUUGAUGGUAUGGCCAAACAACCCAAUUUAUUAAGCAAGUCAUUAGGGGCAUCAUUGUUUAAUAUUGUAGAAAAUGUUAUUAAAGAAAGACAGCAGCAAAAAGAGGAACAAAUUGAUAAUGAUGAUAUUAAUAUAUCUAUAAUCGAAUUUAAUGCAAUGUUAAACGGGUUAGCCAAUUGUGAGGAUCCAAUAUAUGCAUUAAAAUUGUUUAAUAAAUUGAAUGAGUAUACACCGAUCUUAAAAGAUUGUAGAUCCGCCAAGUAUGAUCCUAUGUCACUUACCUAUUUAUUUAAAGCCAUUGAGAAUAUAAAGGAUCAAACUAUGUUCAUAGAAACCUUCAAUAGUGCAAUUAAUUCUAUCAAUGGAAUAAAAAUAGAUAAACCAUUAUGUUUCCAAAUUGCUAAAACUUUAGGAUCUUAUACAAAAAACAAAUCUAUUUCCCAGCAAUCUCUUGUAGCUAUUGAAAAGUACUUUGAUGUUUAUAAAGAAAAUGAUUCACGUAUAGCAUCUUUGAACCAUAGUUUAAUCAAAUUACCAAAUUUAUCUAAAAUUACCAAAAAAAUCGACCCAUUUCAAGUUAAUCUUCCCGUUGCAGGCUAUUACCUUAAAAAAUGCUAUGAUUUAAAAUAUUAUUCUAGAGGACUUAAGUUUAUUGAAACCUUUUUGUUAGAAAAACAUCCCGAUUUAAUAGAUGUCACAAAUGCUUAUCAUUAUAUGAAACUUACUAUUAUGCAAUAUCCAACUUCAUGUGUCUCACGUUGUAUUUCUAUAUAUGAGAAAUAUCUAUCAAAGAAGGAAAUUCCAAACAAAUAUGGGUUGAUAACCAUCUAUGAGGCAUUUUUAAAAGAAUCAAAAAAACAUUUUGUUAUUAGAGAUCCAAAGCAAUUAAAUAAAUUCUUAUCACAAUUACAUGAUUUUAUCACAAAAUGGGAUAGUAAAUAUUAUAAAGUUAAAAAUAAAAAUAAAUCCGUAACUUUAUAUAAUAAGGAUUCUUGGAAAUUUAUUAUAAAAAUUUUAUCAAAUAUAAAAAAAUAUGGUGGUAAAAUACCUUUAAUAGAACAAAACAAAAUUAUUAUUGAAUAUUUAAAAUGUCUACUAUAUGAUACACAAUUUCAAUUGGCGAAUCUUAGUAUGAAAGAGUAUGAGGUAGAAAAAUUUCUUGAAUUGGGUAUGGUUAAGAUUAUUAAUGACGUUAUUGAAAAAAAUAAAAUACCUGAUUUCAAAGACAAUAUGGGUACGGAAAACCAAUCACAAUUUCAUCUAAGAAGACAUUUACUUAGGUUAAAAAAUAAAUUAUUAAUAAGAGUUAGCUAUUUUGAAAAUAGAUUAAAAAUCGAUAAGAAUGGAGAUAAAUUUAAAAAUGACGUUAAUUCACUAUGUAAGGAAAUUGGACCUUUAAUAAAAUUAUCAAUUCAUGAUCUUGAAAAUGAUAUUAAACAGAAGCAUAAUGAAAUAUCUACCAAGAACAUAUAA